AGAGAGAGAGAGACAGCAGUAAGUGCAAUGGGCUAGAGGAGAGCGGCGAGGAGGAGGAGGAGAGUGAAUGAGAACUGCUGGAUCUGCCGUUCCUGCGUGCCUGCCUGUCGUCUGGCGAAGCUGGGUUUACUGUCGCGCCACGCUGCGCUGGCACAGAGCAGAGUCACGGCCGGUUUGCACAGCCGCCUGCACACUCAGCACUGGUACUCACUCCAGCGACACACCACCAGCAAGGAAAAACCAGUGGCCCAGCUCACCAGGCUUUCUCCAUCAUCAAGGGGGACACAGCAGCUACGAAGGGGCCUGAUGCUAUAAUUUAGGCACCAGCUGCUACCUUAACAGAAUCCCCCACUACCUUUUCCCAUCCUUACCACCACCACUCCUCUUUUGCUCCUCCCUAUGCCCUUGUCCUCGGCGUCUCCUUUCACCUCCCUGGCCAGUAUAUGGAUAGAAGCUCCCUGUUUCAGCUCAUACAAGAGCAGCUGGACCCAGAGAACACCGGUUUCAUCGCAGUGGAGAACUUCACCAGCCUGGUGGAGCACCAUGAGCUGCAGCUGGACCCAUCCAAACUGGACAUGCUGUUAGCCCUUGUCCAGAGCAAUGAAGAGGGACAGGUGUGCUACCAGGAGCUCAUUGAGCUGAUGAGCAGCAAACGCUCCAGCAGUUUCCGACGUGCCAUCGCCAAUGGCCGCCGCACGCUGCAAAGGGAGAUCCUGCUGGACGAGACGGGCCUGGGUCUGUACAAACGUUUUGUUCGCUAUGUGGCCUAUGAGAUCCUGCCCUGUGAGACAGACCGACGCUGGUACUUCCACCAGAACCGCCUCUGUCCACCGCCAGUCUUCAUUGCCAUUGUCACCAUCGUCCAGAUUAUUGUGUUCAUGUGCUAUGGCAUCAUGCUGAACAAGUGGGUCCUGCAGACCUACCAGCCUGACUUCAUGAAGAGCCCCCUGGUCUACCAUCCUGGCCACCGUGCCCAAGUGUGGCGCUUCUUCAGCUACAUGUUCAUGCAUGUCGGAUUGGAGCAGCUGGGGUUCAAUGCUCUACUGCAGCUGAUGAUUGGUGUUCCUUUGGAGAUGGUCCAUGGCAUCUUACGGAUAAGUCUGCUUUACAUGGCAGGGGUGCUGGCCGGCUCUCUGACAGUGUCCAUCACCGACAUGCGUGCUCCAGUGGUGGGAGGGUCCGGCGGGGUCUACGCUCUGUGCUCAGCGCAUCUGGCCAACGUCGUCAUGAACUGGGCUGGGAUGCGUUGUCCGUACAAGCUGCUCCGCAUGAUCCUGGCACUAGUUUGCAUGAGUUCAGAGGUGGGCCGUGCAGUCUGGCUCCGCUUCUCGCCACCGCUGCCCUCCUCAGGGCCCCAGCCCAGCUUCAUGGCACACCUGUCGGGGGCUGUGGUCGGUAUCAGCAUGGGCCUGCUGAUCCUACGCAGCUACGAGGAGAGUCUGCAGAAACAAUGCUCCUGGUGGGUCAUCAUCUUCUCCUUCAUCACUUUCCUCCUCUUCGCCAUCUUCUGGAACAUCUUUGCAUAUGAGCUCCUGGGGGUGCAGAUCCCGCCUCCUCCCUGAUAAAGGCCCCCACCCCCCACCCCAAGUCAUAUUCCACAUACUCCAACCCUCUUCCGAACAAAGGUUUCCCCUUUGACCAUUGUUAACUUUCCCAUUUCCUCUCAAGUUAGACCCAAAUGAAAUGAUGUAUGAAAUCAUUCAAGCCUAAACUCGACCAAGAAUUCUUUUUUACAGAUACUUUGCAAAUCAAAGAAAUAUAUCUCUUUUAUUAAAGAGGGAUUACAGUAGCAACAAGUACAGGUGAAAGUUCCUCAGAUCCAUUUAGAGGAGCAAUAUAUCUUUUUAUAUACAUUGUCUCAUCCGCAUUACCAGCACUAACCUUCAGUGAGCAUUUAGCCGUUGUGCUUUCUUUUCAGAGGCUUUUUGAAAAGCUUUUUUGAGUGCAUCUUUCAUACAUGUAAAGACCUCAGAUGAGAAGAAUCUGAAUUCAUGACACGUGCCUCUGGUGAACAGGACUUAAAUGGAAGAGAGGAGUAGGAGUGUGUGCUGCAGGAGAAAUUUCCUCUUUCAUAAAAAGACAUCAGCAAUGGCCCUAAAAAAACAGGAAGGUUUCAGACAUUUGAAUCUGUGCCACAAGUCAAAGCUGCGGGAGAAGGUUUAAAGAAGAAUUUUGGGAACCACAUGUUUGUUCCUAGGGGCAGAAAAACACAGAAGUACUAAUGAAAUUGAUAUGAUAUUUAAAUUUCACAUCCCUGCUCUAACUCACAGGGGUCAUUGUGGCUUUUUGCAAAAUUGCUGGCACACUAGGUGAAAAACAAAAGAUUAACUAACAGAACAUUUUCAUCAAAUUGAACUGCUUCAGCCCAACAAAAAGAAAUCCAAAUUCUUUGCCCCAAGCACAAACAGGUUAAAUAAAAAGCCCUUCUCAGAGGAAUAGAGGAAAACGUUUUAAAUUUUAUGUGGAUCCUAACAUCCUUAAGGUUAGAGGUGUCACUGUCAUUUUCACUUCACGGGGUCUUUAACAGUUAGAGGACAUUGGUUUUUUUUAUAUUAUUUCCAUGACAUUGUACCUACACUGUGGAUACAGAAACAAAGUUCACACAACGUAGACAACGUGGAGAUGGGAAAUCAAAGCUAGCGCGUGACUGAAGAAAGAACAAGAAGUUGUUCAUGAGAAAAUGACAGCUGAACUUUCUUGAGUAGUCUUUACUUCAACAAGUGAACAACUCCUGUUGCUAGGCACACCAUGUAAAAUAUGUCAUGUCAUGCUCUGUGGCUCUCAGUGAGACGAGGAGACACACACACACACACACACACACACACACUUCUCCUCUUUGUCGUUGAGAUCAGUCACUUCCUGAUUCUGUCAGUCAACAUGGACAAACCUAAGAGAAGAAUGCUACACACACACACAGCCUCUGCCUGUUCUUGUGCUGACAGACUGAAAUGGGGAGGGCGCGGAUGUGUCAUCACCUGACCUCUGACCUUCGUGUCCCACAGGGCAUUGGGGUCUCUCUGUCAGGCCCAGUCAAUACCUCAGUUUCUCAUUCUUAGGGACUGUAUACUUUUGUAAAGGAAUGUACCUAUAAAGAAAAAAAGUGUUAUUAAGUCGUCCCAGUUUUUCAUUUGAUAGUGGAUGUGUAUAUUGUAUGUUCAUAAUCUAGAGCAUAUUUAUUUGUAUUUUUUCCUCUUUGAGAGGAAAAGAACAGUUUCAAAUGGUGCAAAAUUAUUGCCAUGAUUGUUGUUUCUCUGAUAACUCAUGUAUGGCUUUGAAGAAAAAUAGUCUAUGAGGCAAAAUCCCCUGUUAUGUUAGACGACGGCAGAUGACUCAAGCUCACUUGAUUUUAUAAAUCUUUAGGGCUUUACAAAAUAAGCCAUAGAAAGAGAGAAACAAAGAAGAGGGAAAAGGUGUUUGUUGUUUUGACACCUGAUUGGUAGCUUCAGUCAAACUUUCUAUUCUGAUGUGAUCAAACAUCAUUUCUUCAUUGUGAAUAUUCAGCGGACGAGGUAAAAGAAGACAAACUGUGCAAGUACUCGCCUGUGAAACCCUGGACAGUCUGAGAUAUUUUCAUGUAGCUGGACUCAUUUUUUACAACUUGUUUUUCACCAACUACUUGUUUGUUGUCAAUGCAGCUUAAAUUUGCAAGUGCCCAUAUUUCUAAACUCUCCCCUGUGGUGUGUGUGUGCACGUUGCUGUUCUUGUUUUGCAAAUAACAAAUUAUGGACAGGGCUUCUGCCAUAUAUUAUCUCCAGAGUGAUUGAAGCAUGUGGAAAGCUGAGGUGAGGAUAGCAAUUACACUGACUCAUGCUAUGUUCCAUUUUUCAGUUGUUCAAUCAAUAACUCAUUUGAAUGUCCACUGGCUGCCUGGGAAAAAAUAUGGAUUUGCCAAUUUUGAUAGCUGGUCAUAAAUACAGUCCUCAGCAUUUGCUUCCACAUGAAACUGUCAGUAACAGCUGAAGGCUUUGUGUUAAAUGAGUGAAUUGGUAUGAAACAACCAGAAUAAGCCAUUUUCAGAUUCAUUAAAACCAGAAAAGAUCAGCCAAUACCUGGUAGUAAUGUGUCCUCGAAGGAAAACAUAGAGUAUACAAGGAAAUAUUAUUGCUUGGAUUGGGAAAGAUAUGUUAAUGAAUAAUGCAUACAUACCCUGUUAGCCUAUAAUGAAGAUAAAGAGGAUGCCUGAGAGGAGGUUAAUGUGCCUCUUUAACUUAAGAUUCAUAGGAACCCAGCAGGGUUGUAAAAAGGGCUAGUAAAUGGCUAUUUUUUGUAGAACACAAUAACUGUGAAUAUUACCCCUCCUGGAAGUACAUGAAAAAAUCGAAGGCUUGUGAAUUGCUGUUGCCCCUACAACUGAGUUCUUCUCACACAAAGUGAAAUGUUCAGUGUUUAAUUUGUUGUUAACUCAGAUCUCCUCAGACAAUAGCAUCAAUGACAGAAGAGAAAAUGAGCUGAGGGAAAUGUUUUCAGGAGGAGUUUUAUGACUUUUUUUGUAAGCCAAAUCUCCUGGCCCUGAGCCUGAGCCAACCACAGCACCAUCACACCUUUAUUAAACAAACAAGUCCUCUAGUGUCUGAUAAAAACCUGUCCUCCUCUCAGACAGCGGCUCAUUUUAACGUAGAGGAGUGAUGACUCUGGCUCUCAUCCUCUGGCUGACAACAUGUGACAGUUUUGGUUUGUGAAGGAUGGAGAGACAGCAGUCUUCAUAAAACCCACUUCCCUGUCCUGCCGUGCUCACAUCACACAACACCCCCAGUGUCAGAAUGAUGCAUGGCUGUUGCGUGAAUACCACAAGAGCCCAAAGCUAGACCAUAAGCAGGACAUCUUCCUCUAAUAAAUGGAUCUGACAGGCUGCAUGAUGUUAAUUUAAUGGCUGUCUUUGAAUGACAUAUUUGUUUUCAGCAGUACAAGGAAGUCUUGGUGAGUGAUGGCAUGAGCCUAUCAAUAACAUCACUUUGGGUAAUGCACAUCCUUCUCCCGAAUGGUGGUCAUCGUGACAGCAGUAGGAACUGAUGUUUAAAGGUUAGUGCCAACUCUCAGCAGAACUGGUCAGUGAUACAUGAACCCUUGUUGAAGUGGCUACAGGAAAUACUGUUCAUUCCUUUGCUUGUCUUGUUCAAAAAUGCAACAUAGGUUUGUUUAUAGCAGCAUACCACCGUUCUGACUGCUGUUUCUGUAAGUGGGCUUUUUUGCACUUAUAGUAACUGACAUGUUGUCGUGUGCCAUAUUCUCUACUGUCGUCAUCAUUCCUUGAUGCUUUUUUAACCUUCCAAUGGUAUGCCCAAUGCCUUUUUAUUGUAUAUAAACCCAAGACUGAGCACUGGGCAGAAAGGCUGCUUUGCUGUUAACUGUAUGAUUUCUUCUGCACAAUCAUGCACAGAGUCUGUACAAGAAGGAAGCUGUAGUGUAAACGACUAUAUAUCCAGUAGCUGCUCUGAACUGCUGCUUGCCAACAGGCCAGCCAGGUUGCCUUUUCCUAGUGUUUGUGGAUAAUUGUCACUGCAGGACUGUGUUGUGUAGGUGACACAGGUGACUGUAGCUCCAGAGCUGGAUCUGUAUUUACAACAAAAAUCAAUGGAUGCUUUACACUCUUAUAAUUUUAGUAAAGACACUUGAAAUCUGAAAUGCUGGUUUAGGGGUUCUUCAACUUAUAUAGAGUCAUCAAAUGCACAGACAUUUGACUUUAGUCCCCAAAUGAUCCUGGAUAUUGAUAUGAUAUAAUGUGUAAAACAGGGUCAGGUGUUGAAUUUGUGUUAAUUAGCCAGUAAAAUUAAAACACUGGCAGGCACACAAAAGUUCACAAAACUGCAUUGCAGAUUAAAUGUGCAUCUGUGAACUCCAGUACUUGUGGAUUUUCAUAGUUCCCGUUUAUCCAUAUUUUAAUUUUCAGUGUUAAACUUUAGAUGAAUGGUUUCAUGUGGAUUAGUGAACAGUGGUUUCUGCCACAGCUAGAAACCAACAUAAAUAAGAUUUGUUUUUCAGACUGCUAGAGCACAGAUGUACAGAUCCACUGAUGGCAAACUGGAAAAAAAUCUAAUCAAAGAUUGUGCUGUGUUUUUUUGUUUUUUUUUUGGCGAUUGACUAUUUUUUUUGGCAUGUAACAUUACCAAAGUUUUCAUUUCCCAGUUUCUAGCUUUGGUACAGAUUUUUUUCAUGUUCACAAAUACUGCCUGAGCCACUUGAGGUCAUGUGACUUCUUAAAACACAAGUCGUCUCCCUGCAACAGUUUAGAAUUAAAAAGUCAUAUCUGUGCUGCUGUGGUAGUUUUUCAUGGGCUGCUUACAUGUAUUGAUAAAAUGGUGCCAAGCUUACAAGGUUCAGUCUCUUAGACCAGACAAGAGGUUGGACCAACACAGCGUUUACAAAAAGAAUAAGCAGAAGAAGCUAUUUUUCUCUCCGUCAUGAGGAAACUAAAUGAAAACUAAAUUUGCAUAUGGAUUAUUUAUAUCAAAUUCCUCAUUAGUUAUUUCACAAUCUAUUGUAGUUUUUAAAUGUUCUGAA